AGAAAAAUAGUGAAGUGCGAGCUAAAGACGGCGAGAGUAGCGUAUUGCGGGCAAUUUGUUUUCUAAUAUUAUACCUAAUAAUUAACGUACCAAAAAAUCCCCAGAUUUUUUGUAUUUGAAAAGAGAUUUUUUACUUCCAUAAUAAAUAAUAUUGGUCUAUAAAAAACGCAUUUUAAAUUCGUAAAUAAAAAUUGCGCGAAUUGUGUUGUGCAACUGUGUUUUUGUGUCUGAAGAAAUUAAAAUAGAAUGAAUUUUGAAAACGUAUGAGGCAAAAGAAAAAUAUAUCUAUAAAUUAUACAAGAUGUCCCUGAAGAAGGAGUCGCGGACGGACGUGCAGUUCCACCUGGCGGCGUUGCGCGGCGACGCGGGCAGGCUGCGCACGCUGCUCGACACGGGGAAGGUGCACAUCGACUCUAGGGAUCGGGACGGCACGACCCCGCUGAUCCUGUCGGCCGCCAUGGGGCACACGGAGUGCGUGCGCGAGCUGCUGGCGCAGGGCGCCGACCCCGCCUGCAGCCGGACGACAGGAACGAGCGCGUUGUUCUUCGCGGCGCAGGGCGGCUUCCUCGACAUCGCACAAGUACUGCUGGACCACGGGGCUGCCAUCGACGCGCCCAGCACGGACGGAGGCACUCCAUUAUUCGUGGCGUGCCAGUGCGGACAUCUGCCGGUGGUCGAGGAACUAAUUAGAAGAGGAGCGAAUGUCAACUCUUGUAUGAAGGACAAAGCGACCCCACUCUUCAUAGCGGCCCAGAACGGGCACGAGGACGUGUGUCGCGCGCUGCUGACCGCCGGCGCGUGCGUGGACCGCGCGCGGUUAGACCGCGCCACGCCACUGUGGAUCGCGGCGCAGUGCGGUCACGAUCACGUGGUGCGGCUGUUGCUGGCUGCAGGCGCGUAUGUGGAUCAGUUGAGACAGGAUGGCGCCACCCCGCUGUUCAAGGCGGCGCACAAGGGACACACAGCCGUCGUCGGCGAACUACUCAAAUACAAGCCUAACGUCGGACUACUACCCAACGGGCAAACAGCUCUCCAUGGCGCGGCGAUGUCAGGCGAGCUGUCCUGUGUGAAGCUACUAGCGACCCGCGGCGGGAUUCGAACCCGCUCCUCGCAAGGCCUCACCCCCGCCCUCGCCGCCGCCGCCGCCGGGAAGAAGUCUGUGGCCCAGUAUUUAAGGGAAAAAGAGGGGAAAACCAAGUGAUAUUUACAACAACUACCCUCCGUUUGCUACGGUGUUCGAAAACUUCCAAGUUUUUUAGGUUGGCUAGGUGAUCAAUUUAGCCUUUUGGCGGUUUCCUGAUAUUUAUUUUGAAUGUGCUAAUUUAUUAGCUAUUUUUAAGACGUUAACUACUGCAAUCUCAUGUUUUGAAUUAUGAUUCUCCAUUGUAUGUAUAAUGUUAUGUAUAAACACCUUCCAAAACGGGAAACUCUUUUAAAUACACUUUUGAUUAUGACUACAAAGUCUGAAUCUCAUUGUAAGAAGAUAAGGUAAAAUUGUGACCGUAUAUUAAGACUCACGCUACUAAAUAAUAAUUACAAGACGUAAGCUGUUACAGUAGGCUCCGACAGUGCUAACUUUGCAACGGGUAAAAGACGAAAGAUAAUUUUUUUCUUAACUGCUAGCCUCAUAUUAAUAAUACAAUAUACUAAACAAGAUGGAGCGCUGUAAAUAAAUGAAGAAGAGGAAGUAAGUGACACGUCAGUGUCCGAAAUUAUUAUGCUUGUUACAUUUUUGCAUGUAGAACUUGUAGCAAAGUUAGCGUUGAUGGACUCUAGUUAUGAAUUAUGAUAGAAACACCCCUAAAUAUUUUGUAUUAAUUAGAAAUAUACACCAUAGCUUCAUACAAUGCGCCUUACACAGCAUACCUCACACGAAAUAGUUAAGAGAAAUACCCACGUCCAUAAGAUAUUUAAUUAUCCUAAAGGUAUUCAAUAUACAUACUUAUAGUUUAUAUUACUAAAGUAUAU